UGAACGAAAAUAAUAUACAAAGGAGAAUAGUUGUCGGGCUUUGCGUGGUGUGCGUUUGAUUUACAUGGUGUCACGCGGUCAGUCCACAACAAGGCAAGAGAACCCAGUCGGUCAACAACAGGGAUGGAGAACCCGAGGGCAUAGCGACGCUUUCCUUCGCAGAUGCAUCUUUGUGAGAGCAUCCAUUUCACGGCGUUGACAAUUUGAAGAAGCGCUGCUCAUUUCUCCGGGGACGUUGCCUUUUCUCUCCUCCUCCGACCUCAGAAGUCAGUUUCCUCGAGCAAGUGACGCUCUCCUUCUCUUCGUCUGCACACACUCCGAGUAACACACACGCACACAGACUCGCAGUGUUUCAUAACAAGCCUGUUUACUUGGCGAGAGAGAAAAGCUCUGACGCCAAUUCGAGCAGGCAUCUUGCAUCUUGCUUUGCCGAGUGGAAUUUGCGGACCGCAGCGCUAAGACGCCAACAAGGAAUACAAGAACGUUUCAAGUUAUCCCUGGAACUUGCGCAGUUGAUAGGGAAAAAAAUGGGAAUUUGUGGCUCUUUGACGGUGACUGGGAAAUGCCUCGUCGUCCUCGGACUUAAAUUGUUAUUUCUGGUACCUGCGGGAGUUCCGAUCAGAAGCGGGGAUUCUGUAUCAAAGGACAACAUUACCGUGAGACAAGGGGACAGCGCUGUGUUAAAAUGCAGCGUCGACAGUAAAGUGUCAAGAGUGGCAUGGCUGAACCGCACGACCAUUCUUUUUGCCGGAAAAGAAAAAUGGUCUCUGGACCCUCGGGUCAGUCUGAUGGAAAAUACAGCCAUCACGGAAUACAGCAUCGAGAUCCAAAAUGUUAACAUACAUGAUGAAGGACCCUAUGUCUGCUCCAUCCUCACAAAUCAGAAACCAAAAUCUACAAAAGUGCAUCUCAUUGUUCAAGUACCUGCCAGGAUCACUAAUAUAUCGAAGGACAUCACAGUAAAUGAAGGCAGCAACGUCAAUCUGAUGUGCUUUGCGAUGGGUCGGCCAGAGGCGAGCAUCACAUGGAGACAUCACUCCCCAAGAGGCACUCACACAUUUGUAACAGAAGGAGAGCAUCUGGAGCUCGCUACCAUCAGCAAAGAUCAGUCCGGAUCAUAUGAGUGCAUUGCUUCAAAUGACAUAUCCGCCCCUGAUGUGAGGACAGUACAGGUCGCAGUCAACUAUCCUCCCUUAAUUUCUAAGGCAAGGGGUACAGGUACUGCAGUUGGACAAAAAGGAGUUCUUCAAUGUGAAGCUUCGGCUGUGCCUCGGGCAGAUUUUGAAUGGUACAAAGAAGAUCGCAGGCUGUCCAAUGGAAAUAAUAGGAUCAGGAUCGAGAAUCGAGGCAAACAGUCAAUGCUGAUCUUCUUCAAUGUUUCCGAAGAAGACUAUGGCAACUACACGUGUGUUGCGAUGAACACCAUGGGGAUAACUAACGCCAGCAUAAUUCUUUAUGGACCUGGCGCAAUGCAUGAUGUCAACAGGGCCGCUGUUUUGCCCCAAUUCUCUUUAUGCACCUUGCUGAUGAUGACCAACCUGCUGCUGGAGUUCUGAUGUUUCAAUGGGACUACCUACAAGCUUCUUUCUGCAUUGAAAAAGAAGAAACUGUUGCCAUGUAAAAUUUAGGGAAGGGAAAAAAAUGAAGAGGCGCCAGUUGUUGGUUUUGAGUUUUCUCUUAUUUUGCAUUGGAGUCUGUCCCCCUCAAAAUGUGUGGCAUUAAUCAAAUGAAGGGAAAAAAAUCGGUGCAUUCUAAUUUAAUGUUGAUCAAGUCCUGAGUUUGUGUAUGCCCCAAACUUUUGUAUGUGAAAAGAAAAAAAGAAAAAAAUAAUCAAUGUAACUGUUGAUGGUUGACUGUUUCUUGCCCAAUAUCGGAGUGCACAUUCUGAUGAUUAUUGUGUAAUGUCGAUGUGUACUAUACAACUUAACUUUUUUUAAGUACAUGAUAAAAGGGAAAUUGAUUGUCGAGUUUAAUCUGACUGUAUUUUUACAGUUAUAUGCAAAACAGAAUAAGACACUCUUCAUGACGAGCAGUAAAAACACAACAUGAUGAAUUCUCAGGCAAGUCCUACUACAUCAUGCAUCGAAAUUGUAUUUUACAUUAGCGUGUAGAAAAUGUAUAGAUCUGUACAGAAGAGAAACAGGUUAAGAUUUUGUUUGUUUAUGUACAGUAGAUCAAAACUGUAAAGCUGGCCUCCACACAAUAACUGUGUCAUUGCAGCUUCAUGGCAUAUUCAUACAAAAGCACUGAUGUUUUUGUUUUUUCUGCUGGGAUGUGAGUUGAACAUGUUUAAAAGUACUGCAAAUGUGUUGGUGUGAGUUGUGUGAAUUAAGUCUGCUUGUUUUGUACAUUAGGUUGUCACAACGUACUUAUGCAAUUUGCACGACAAAUUAAAGAAACGCCUAUUUGUUGUUUUUUAGAUGGGAGGGGUCACAUUUUUAAAGUGUGAAUUACAGUACAUAUGCAUUUUUAUAAUCAGCAGAUUGCGGAGCCACCUAGAAAAC